CGUUCGUGAAUGCGGUGUUGACGCCGCUGCAGGAGCGGCACCUGGAGGCCUCCCUACAGCGCCCCGUGGUGGACCGAGUGGGCCUCAUCAUCCGCCUCUUCGCGCAGCGGGCGCACACGCGGGAGGCAAGACUGCAGGUGGAGCUAGCAUCCCUCACCUACCAGCUACCCCGCCUGGUGCGAGUGCGUACGCCAGACGGCAGCAGGGGCGGUUUCGGAGCCGGCGCCGCAUUCGGAACCCCUGCUGACGGUUGGAAUUUCGCCAGUGGCGGCGGCGGCGGCGGCGGCGGUGGUCCCGCGCUGCAGGUGGUGAGUGCGCGGCAGCGCGGCGCGAGUGGCGCCGGCGGACUGGGCGGCGGCGGCGGCGCGGGCGACCCGGAGUUGCGGCGGCAGCGGUACCGCAUUCAGUCGCGAGUGGCGGCGCUGCGGCGGCAGUUGCGGGAAGUUGCGGAGGCGCGGAGCGUGCAGCGGCGGGGCAGGAGGGCGGCAGGCCUCCCCACGGUGGGCAUCGUGGGGUACACCAACGUGGGUAAGACCAGCCUGGCUCGCGUCCUGUGCUCCAGAGGCAGCUCCUCCCUGCCGCCGCCCGCCGACAUGCUGUUCGCCACACUGGACCCCGCGGUGCGGCGGGCCUGGCUGCCGACCCAUGGGACGGCGGUGGCGGUGUCGGACACGGUGGGCUUCAUCCGGGACCUGCCCAUUGGCCUGGUGGCGGCGUUCAGGGCUACUCUAGAGGAGGUCGUUGCAGCUGACCUGCUGCUCCACGUGCUGGACGCCUCCAGCCCCAACGUAGCGGAACAGAGGUCUGCCGUACUCGCAGUACUGCGGCAGCUGGGAGUGGACGAGCAUACGCUGGCGUGCCGUACAAUUGAGGUUUGGAACAAGGUGGAUUUGUUGGGGAAGGGUGACGAGAGGGUGAAUGCGGCGGAGGGAGGUGGUGGUGACGGGCAGCGGUGGUGGUUGAAGGGGC